AAAUGUCUAUGUCCAAGACGACCAACACCUAUAAUCGGCAGAAUUGGGAGGAUGCUGAAUUUCCUAUAUUGUGUCAGACUUGUUUGGGCGAUAAUCCAUAUGUUCGUAUGAUAAAAGAACGCUUUGGCAAAGAAUGUAAAAUAUGUACACGGCCAUUUACCAUAUUCAGAUGGUGUCCAGGAGCCAGAAUGCGUUUCAAGAAAACUGAAAUCUGUCAAACAUGUGCACGUCUAAAGAAUGUAUGCCAAACCUGUCUACUCGAUUUGGAAUAUGGCCUGCCUAUUCAGGUGAGAGAUGCUGCCCUCAAGGUGGCUGAUAAUUUACCUCAAAGUGAUGUCAACAAGGAGUACUAUAUACAAAAUAUUGAUCGUGAAUUGCAAGAUGGUGAUGGCACUGAGGCGGCCGGAAAAGUUGGAAAAUCUCUGGCUGCUAGUGAUAUGCUGUCGAAAUUGGCACGCACAGCUCCCUACUACAAACGUAACAGACCACAUAUUUGUUCAUUUUGGGUUAAGGGUGAGUGUAAGAGAGGUGAGGAGUGUCCUUAUCGGCAUGACAAACCUAAUGAACCCGACGAUCCACUAUGCGAACAAAAUAUCAAGGAUCGUUAUUAUGGACGUAAUGAUCCGGUGGCUGAGAAAAUUAUGAAGAGAGCAGCUUCUCUGCCGACACUGGAGCCACCAGAGGAUCGCAACAUUACUACAUUGUAUGUGGGUAAUUUACCCGAAGAUAUUACUGAACCCGAGUUGAGAGAUCAUUUCUAUCAAUUUGGUGAAAUACGUUCAAUAGCUUUAGUUCCACGCCAACAAUGUGCAUUUGUACAGUACACAAAACGUUCAGCUGCUGAAUUGGCUGCAGAAAAGAGUUUCAACAAGUUAAUUUUGCAAGGCAAGAAGGCCACAAUUAAAUGGGCACAUUCCCAAGCUAAGCAAGGAGCGGCCAAGACCGAUCGUCGUUUUGAGUUGAAUGCUAUACCACCCGCCACCGCUACAAAUCCAAAUGAUUUCUUUAAUUUACAACAAGAACAAGUUACCGUACUACCUCCCGGGAUGAAGUUGCAUCAAAUACCACCAUCGCUAAUACCCGCCUCAUCAUAUCAGCAGCUAUACUCACAGGCCUAUGCUGCGCCAUAUUCAAUGCCAAUGGCUUCAACAUCUGCUGCAGCUGCGGCAGCAUCGGCUGCCUCAACAUCAUUAGAUUCCAUACCACCACCGCCGGGUAUAGCUGGUGGGGCUCCUGGACAAGUGCAUUAUCCCAGUCAGGAUCCAAGUCGUUUGGGGGCAGUGAAAAAAUAAACUAUAACUGGC